GUCGCUCCCCCACCUUACCCUGUAAAGAAAAAAGACGGGGGAAAGGCUACUAAAAAUCCUUUAUUCGAAAAGAGGCCUCGCAAUUUUGGGAUCGGUCAAGAUAUCCAGCCAAAACGUGAUUUAACUCGCUUUGUAAAGUGGCCCGAAUAUGUACGCUUACAAAGACAACGCAAGAUCCUCAACCAACGUCUUAAAGUUCCGCCAGCCAUUAACCAAUUUACUAAGGUUUUGGACAAACCUACUGCUACCAAU